AUGAAUAAAGAAGGACCUAUACAAGAUGAUGAUGCUCAGUUGGCUGCGAUGGGCCAUAGGCCUGAGUUAAAACGACAAUUUUCUACAUGGGCCAUGCUGGGAUUGGCGUUUGCUGUGCUCAAUUACGAGCGUCAUAUGGGAGCUGGUGGACAGUAUCAUUGGGUUGCGGUCAUUUCCUGGCCAAAAUGGGUCCCUAUUCUCUCCUGGAUUACAGGCUGGAUCAAUGUCGCCGGAUGGGUUGCUCUAGUAGCUACCAACUCCUUGCUUUCCAGUCAAUUAAUUGUCGGAGUCAUCUCGGCUAUGCACCCGACCUACGAGUCGACUCGCUGGCAACAGUUCCUCAUCUAUAUCGGGCUAACGCUCGGUGCAUUUAUAAUUAAUGCCUUUAUGAACUCCAUCCUGCCAACCAUUUACCGCGGUGCUUUUGCUUGGUCAAUUGGUGGUUUUGCGAUCGUUUCCAUUACAGUCUUGGCUUGCGCUUCACCGGACUACAAUACUGCAUACUUCGUGUUCUGCAACUUCGUGAAUCAAACAGGAUGGCCUGAUGGUGUUGCUUGGCUUCUUGGUCUUCUGCAAGGAGGGCUCGGUGUAACUGCAUUUGAUGCUGUUGUUCAUAUGAUCGAAGAGGUACCGAAUCCGUCGAUUGAAGGCCCAAAGAUCAUGGUAUCUUGUGUGGGUAUUGGCACAGUAACAGGAUGCAUAUUUCUCAUCGUCCUUCUCUUCGUUGCGGGAAAUAUGGAGCAAGUUACUACCUCAGCCGCUGGGCCUCUCCUACAAAUAUUGAUUGAUGCAACCAAGAACAAAGCGGGUGCCAUUUGUCUCCUCAUGCUUCCCCUCGUUUGCCUGAUUCUUGCGAUUCUCAGCGUCAUGACUACCAGUAGUCGAAUGAUUUUCGCCUUUGCCCGGGAUGGUGGUCUUCCCGCUUCAAAGUUCUUCGCCAAGGUGCACCCUACCCUUCAGUUACCUUUGAAUGCCCUCAUCCUGACGGUGGUUGUGGUGAUUUGCUUUGGGUGUAUUUUCCUCGGUUCCUCAAGUGCUUUUAAUGCUAUUAUCUCCGCGUCUGUCGUGGCGCUUGACUUGUCGUAUGGAAUUCCUAUCAUGAUCAACUGCCUGCAGGGACGCAAUGCUCUACCAGAGAGGAAGUGGAAAUUACCUCGUGCUGUGGGGUGGUUUGUUGAUAUUGUUUCCUUGUCGUAUAUCAUAUUGACUACGGUCUUGUUCGUUUUCCCUCCAUCCAGUACUGUCACCGGCAGCAGCAUGAAUUAUUGCAUCGCUGCAUUUGCAGUCAUUAUUAUUAUCUCAGUCUUUCAGUGGAUUGUAGAUGGACGGAAGAACUAUACUGGUCCUCGUAUUGACCUGGGUGCCGAUGAAAUUUGA